AAUAGAAAAUUCGGUUUAUAAAAAUAAAGAGUGAAUCAUAAGCAAUUCUUGGUAAACUAAUACAAUUACGAUAAAUAGCCACGAUUUAAAAAAAUACAUAAAUAUAAUAACAAAAAACGACUUGUUUGAAAAAAAAACCUGUAACGAUUUGAAACUGAAUAUUUAAAAUCAAACGAUUCAUUAUUUACUCAUCAACAGCAACAAUAAUAAUUACAACAAAGAAUAUAACAACAAAAACAAGUGUUAAUUUGAAUAACCGUUAUAAUUCGAAAGAAUAUUUUGGAUUAUUUUAAUACAUUCUUAAAUACAUACUGUGGUACCAGUUACAAAAUUUUUAAAAAAAUAAUAAAAAUAAAAUUGAAUUUACAAUUUAUGCCUAAAUUAACAUAAUUCGUUUUUGGGUUUUGUUUUUUUUUUGAUUGUGUUCGGUAUCAUUUUGCACCUUUUUGAAGUGAAUUUCGUGCGUGUUUUGUGUUGACAAAAAUAGCAAAUUUUUUUUAUUUGUGAGUGUCUCCAAAAAAAAGUAAAAAUUUGGUGUAAAUAAGCUUGCAGAGUUUCAAAUAACGCUUGGAUAACUGAUUUUUUUAUUUUACUUUUUGUUUCCAACAACAUCUUUGUAUUUUCAACCUUUUUGUGUCUUCAUUUCUUUUGCUUCAAUACGACACUUCAGUAAAAUAAUCUAAAAGUUUACUUCAUCAUUUCACUCACAUUCCACAUAACAACGAGGAAAGGAUUUUAACAAAUAAACAGCCGGCAUUAAUCUAAAGGAAUAUUUUAACAAAGUUAGCUAAAGAUUAUGGACUUAUAGUGUUCACUGAAACCAUACAACCAACCAGCAAUCACAACACAAUGUCCUCGUCCAUUUGUACACAUUUUUCGCAAAAUGCGUGGAAAAAAGAUUUAUGCUCGAAUUGCUUCAAAUCAAAAGACGAACACAAACAAGCUGCCGCAAUGGCAGCCUCCUCCAAAUACAAAUCACUCUCCACAUCUCUAGCGUCAUCAACAACAACAACAGCAUCUAGUUUAAGUACGAAAACUGGCGGCAGCAGCAGCAGCAACAACAGCAGUGACAGCCACAAGACUGAUUAUCCGAAUAAAAAUAAAAGGCCAGCUAAAAGUAUAAUUAAGAAGACGGCUCAUACAGCAACACACACAGCCACCAAGUCUAAACAUAAAACUAAAGUUAGUUUUCCCAAGAAUCUGUCGGAAGUCAUAGGUUAUGGUGGUGAGUGGUCCGAUGAUUCGGAUGAUGAUCAUGAUUUCAUGAAUUUGGCCAAUGACCGAGAUGAUGACAAGGCUUUGGGUACCGAUGAUGAGGAAUCGUUGGAAUUGAAACGUGUAACUAGAGCCAAUACCGAUUUCAAUAUGAUUAAUGGCAAUUUAUUGGGAGACGCCCAGGAAAAUAUUAAGAAAUCAUUUGCUGCCUUAAAACUGGGUGCUCCACAGGUGGACAAGGAGGGUAAGAAACAAACAUUGCAAAUAAAUGUUAUACCUUUUGGUUGUUCCGGGGAAAUGAAGGAGAUUACCAAAUCUCCCGUCCCCAUCACUCAAGUAUCUGCCACCACUACCACGGUUAAAACUAAAUUUGAGACCAAAACUACAGAAAUGAAAACCGAGAAGACUACUUUAACAGGUGCAAUUAAGAAGACUACAACUACAGCUUCUUCCUCUUCUGCUACGCUUAACACUACAUGUUUAAAAGCCUCUCCCGAUUCACUACCCUCACUCGAAAGUGAUGGCAAAAAUAGUCCACCUAUCGAAAGGGCCAUGGAAAAAUCCUUGCUGGAUGAAAUAUCCGAGACUUUGGAGAAAAAUCAAAAUGAAAAGCUGGCUUCUGAGUCCAAGUCAUCAGCCUCUUGUUCUUCAUCAACAUCAUCAUCCUCAAUGGCCACCAAUUCUAAAAUUAAAUUUGAAAUUGGUACUUUAACCGAGUCGCUGGAUAACAAAACAUUUCUCGACCUUAAGAAACCGAUCGUUCGUCAUUCACCCAUUACCAAAGACCAGAUCAAACCCAAAGUAAAUGUUUUCCACAAAUACUCCGAUAGUGACAGCAAUUGCUCAGAUUCCGAAAACGGUGUCUCAGCCUAUUAUGAUGUGGUGGAAACUUCUCAAACCUACGAAAACCUACCAGAUGGUAAAUAUGAAAUCAAAGAGUCUUGCAAACAAUCGGGCAAGGCUGAGCAACAAAAGGAACAAUCGAGUAUCUUCUCCAGUUCCCAAUACAUAACCGAUAUGCUUUUGUCUUCGAAAACUCGAGCAGCUUCUUACAAUUUACAUGAGGGCAACUUUAUGACCAGUAAAAUAACCUCGGAUGGUUUGAUUGUUACCAAAUGCAGCUCCGAUGAUGCUUUGGAUUCCACAGCCAGUAGUUUUGAUGGCAGCAGUGAUGAGGAAACUUCUUACAAUAUGAUACGCAGUGAAUCGGAUUCGGGAAUUGGCAUUAGUAUAGGCCAUGAUUAUAAGAAUAUCAAUAUGACGGAAAUGGAUAGAGAUAGACUUAGGGUAGAGAAAAAACUAAGUGCCAGUACGAAUAAUUCAGAUUAUGAAGAUAUUCAGGUAACCGAUCAAAAACCCAUGUUGCCACUCAAGGAUGUGAAAAGUUCGUUGAGCGAUAAACCCAACUUUAGCAUGGACAAGUCUCGAGAACUUCAUGGGGAACCCGAUGGCAGUGCGGAUCCUGAUGGCAGCUUGGAAAACCAAGAUUGCAAGCAAUUGCCAGAAUUACCCAAAUCUCCACCUCCCUCCACCAAAGUCAUAGAUGCCCGUCCAUCGUUCCUGCAUGGCUUGCAAAAGCAACAUCCUCCCGUUUUACUAAAGAAACCCGAUCUGCCCGCCAAGCCCUUAGUAUCUCCGCUACAGACUCCCAUGAAAACAUUCAUGAGUAAAAGACCUACAGCGUCUGCAACAGCUACUGCUGAACAGCAGCAACAACAGCAAGUAAUCUCUCAACUACAAAUGGUGAUGUCGAAAUCUUCAGAGUGUUUAGACAAUGAUUCAUUGAAAGAUGACGCCAAGCUAAAAAAGGGAAAAGCACCAAAUCCACCUAUGGAUUUGAAAACAAGCGCACCUCCCACACCCGAAAGAGACUACAACAUUGAUAUUGAGUUUGAUGAGCAUGCCAAGAAAGAAACACAAACUCAAAUGCAAACGCUAAUGCCAACACAAUCACAAGCGCUAAUAACACAAGAAGCCAAAGCUGUAAAUUUAGCCAAAAACGAUGAAGACAUUAAAUACAAAAUAGAAACUGAUAAUACUACAUCAUCAUCAGCAUCAUCGGAGGAAUCGUCAGCAUCUACGGAAACCAAUUCCUCAACGGCUUCUAACUCUUCCUCGUCCUCUUCGUCUACCAUCUACACUAGGAAAAUUGUUUCCAAUAGCGGUACGGUGGGCAAGAACUCAGCUGCAGCCAUUAUUAAGGAGAAAGAUAAACGGGAGAGAGCUACCAUCAAUCCCAAAUUCCGCAGUCUCAACACAUUUGUCACUCAACGCAGCAAUGCAAUUAAGAAUUUACAAUUGCAGAACGCUGUGCCAACACUAAAUCUCAAACAAUCCAUGACUCCCGAGCCCACACCCAGAAAUCCCAAAAAUCUCUCCUUGUCUGAGGAAAAUCUAGCAGAAGCUUCGUGCAGCAAAACGGUAACUACAUCGAUGUCUAUAACCAAUUUAAAUGCAGCCUCUCACAACGACAAGAAAUCAGCGGGUAUGGGUAAAACAAAAACCAAGUUUUCCAUUAAGAAAUUCCUGCGCAUGGGCACCACAAAAACCACAGAGAAUCUGACCAAGCAAAAGGAGAGUAUUUAUUCGGAAAUUUGCACUGGAGAAGAUGCCGGAGUAGCCGGUAAGCCACGUUUAGUCAUUAUACAUCCCAUUGACAUAAAUACCACCGGCGUGGAGGUGGUCAAGGAUAUAACAAAAACCAAUGAAUCAGUCACUGCCCAAACGGUGGCCGUUGUUACCGCCAAGCCACCCGCUCCCCCUCUACGAUCACUAGAUAGUCAACGAAGUCAUGAGGUUAACAAACCCGCCAGACCACCACCACCAAAAAGUGCUGAGCUAAGAAGAAAACAACAAAUAUCUCUGGCCAGCUCGAAUACUACGAACAAUAACAACAGCGCAGCUUCCAUGAUGGCCAAUGCCACGGGCUAUGGCCACAAUGUUACAUCAGCUACAGCAGCGAGCAAUUUAAAAAUGUUGACUUCCUCUCCCAAACCUACGCCAGCAAAUAACAUCCGUAUUAUGGGAGAACAAAGCGGUUCGAUUAAAAGCAAGUCUGACAAUGUUUAUGCCAAUUUAGGCGAAAUUCGCUCAUCAAUAGCGCCACGUAAACCAGAACGUACAGCCAGUAUGCGUGAACGUGAGGCGCAAUUGGAAUUGGCACGUAAACGCCAUAUGGGAGGAGCUCUACAGCAGCAAUAUAAUCAUAAUCAGCAACAACAAAUUAACAAGGAAAACGGUGAUACUAUCUCGAUUUGCUCGUCAAAUGGUGAUAUUGUAUCAGCGGAACAACAACAUUCCACUAAUUCCACAACUUCUACGACAACUAACAAAAAUUUAGCAAAAACCACAUUAAGUCCACAACUGAGCAGCAACUCCAUGCGCUUAGAAGGCAAACCACCAACUGGCAGUCGCACCAGCACCUUUGAACGCAAGAAAAAUGAAGCUAAGCCCAACAUGUCAAAUAAAUUGGAAAUUUUCGAAAAUUCAACAACAACUAACAAUGCUAACACAAAUUCAGCCAAUGCUGAUGCAAGACCCAGUAGUUUAAAGGAUUCAGUGCGUAAAAUUAACAGUACCAUUGAUAGUUAUUUGAAAGAUAAACGGGACUACGAGAAUAUGUAUGAAUUUGUAAAAUCACCGCAGUCACCACCACCGCCACCAGCCCGUUCGGCUGAUGUGCAAGCGGGCCAGCAAAGACUCAUGCAGUCGAGGAGAAAUAAUUUGCAAUUGGACAAUAUAUCGGUGGCUAGUUAUACGAGAAGUGAAUAUGGACCGGCCAGAAAUUUCGGUCUUAAUAAUAGUUUGGCUAACAUUCCACGCAUGAUAUCGUCUUCCUAUUGCGGUAGCGAAAUGGGUGAUUUGGAUAUUUAUUCGCCUUAUAGUUAUUAUGGCAGCGAAGCUGGUGGCGAUAUUACCGGCGAUAUUAAUGAUAGUGUUUGGGGUAUACCAUCGGCCAUUAAAAAUCGGGCCAAAACAACUAAUCGUUUACGCAUGCGCAAGGGCCGCAGUGUGGUCCACAAGACCAUCGAAGAUAACUACUCAGCUGUAGUGGGUGCUAAUCAUGAAGCUUUAGCACAAGUUUUAGAACAGUUACAACAAACCCCCGUUAUACCACCCGCUUUACGGCCCCUAGCCAAUGCCAUCAAUUUGCGUUUCGAAGAUUUCACCAUACUCGAGGGAGCCCAGGCAUUUGUUGUGGGUAAAAAGGCCUUCCAUGCCGCCAUAUGGACCACUGCUCCCGUUACUUUGGCCCUUUCGGCCGACUGCAAUCAAUUGGCCGGCGUGGGAGGUGAACUUAAUCAAUUGUCGGGCGGUGUAUCGGGUGCUCUAAAUCCCAUAACAGAAUUUUGUGAUGUAGUGCCCAGUUAUCAUUUGCCAUUAAUGCCAACCACUGAGAUGACACUGCUACAAGCCACUAUAUCGGUAUUGCCACGCCUACAAAUGGAUACGCUGCAAUCGAUAGGCGCCAUAUUGAAGGGUAAAUCUCAAGUUUUGGACAAGAGUAAUUUCAAUUUCCGUGGUUCCAUACCCAAUCUGAAUAUAUUGAAAGAUGCCAAUGCGGCCAACAAUAUGAGAAAUGGCAUGUCGGUGCAGAACUUAAGCACUCUGAAUGAGGAGUCAGCUGACAAGGGCUUUGCGACGGAAGCUGAAACGGCUACCAGCUCAAAUGGUAUACCAGCUUUUGAUGAUGUCAUGAGUCGAGAGGUGGCCUUUAUAAUGUUGCAAUUGAUAAAUGGCAUGAAGAAUUUACAAGUCAAGGCAGUGGAAGAAAUGCCUUUAAGUCUAUCGAAUGUGGUGCUUUCCAAGGAAUACGACAACAAAGAUGCCCAGGCUCGUUUAUGUGUAUUGCAGGGCAACAACAAUGAUGAAGAUGAACCCAUGGGUACUUUAUGCAAAUGCGCCCAUGUGGCCUUAACCGAAAUGUUGCCCACCACCAAAAUGACUCCCAUUUUAGCCGACAUUUUGCUACAAGACAGAUCAGAGUCUUUGUCAAAAUCUAAAUCCGUUUUGGAAUUCAUAUUAUGGGGUCCUUCAGAUGUGGCCUUAACUGGCUCCAUUAAAGAGCGUGAAACAGCUUUACAAAGAUGGUUGGAUUUGGAACGUGCUACGGUACUGCAUGGUCUCGUGCGCACACGAGUCGAACUAACGGUAUAUGACGAAUGUCAUUUAAUGUUUUUAGUGCGUUCAACGGCUAAACUCAUGAAUGAUGCCGCCAAAAUUAUUAAUCAUUAUCAAGAACAUCAGCAACAAAAGCAGCAGCUGCAACAGCAACAGCAACAUACGAACAAUCAACAGGAUUAAGAAAAUUAACAACAAAUAAAAUUCAAUUUCAUUUGUCGCUUCAAAAGGCUUAAUUUAAUUAUUGUACUUUGAAUAUUAAUUAAUUGUUUGUUUUUCUACUAUUAUUUAAUUGAAGUCUUUUUGUAGCGUGUGCCAAAUUUUCAAAAUUUCUUGCUAAAAUUUGAAAAAUUAUUUACCUAAUUUCAUUUUUUUGUGUUUUCAUUCUUUCGUUUUUAGUUUUUAAGCAAUACAUAUUUAAAAAUAGCAAAAAGAAUUGAAACAAAAUUAAAAAUUUGCCUUCUCAUAUGUGUAUGAGCAAAAAGAAAAUUGUUUAAUUGUAAUACUUAAUUAUUUUUAUAAAAAUCAAAUAAAUAAAUAAAAUUAUCAUUAUUAUUAUUAUUAUAUCAUUAUUAUAAUUAUUAUUGUGUAUAUUUAUGAAUAUUUCAAUUAAUAUUAAAUUUAAACCACAAAAAAUCAAAUUAUUAUUGGUGUUUGCGAACAAAAAACAAAAUAUAUAUAUCGAAUAUUGUAGUUUUACAGAAAAAUUAUUGUGUAAUAAAAAAUAUUUAUAUCUUUAUUAUUAUUAUCAUUUGAAAUGAGAAA